CCAGCUCAGAGGCUUCUCCAGAUGGCCUGUCUGGUGAAAUUUCCCUCUUGAAAGAAAGCGCCUUUUUCUCAUAAACCCUAAUUUCACACUUUCUCCAAAACUAAUUUUCGGUUUCAAUUUUAGGAUCACUGUUCUGCUUAAAUUCAUAUAUUCACUCAAACUUAACACACCAACUACAGUUCAUCGAUCAAGUGUAAGCUAAAUACACUUAAAGCUAGGCGUUUUAAAUUUUGGUUUUACGCUCGAUUCACCGCCUCAAAAUGAGUCCUAUUCAGAAUUUCGAGCAACACUCGCGCCGCCUUGUCGAGCCCGACCUCCAAAUUCAAGUGAGGUUACAGAUGGCAAUGGAGGUAAGGGACAGUCUGGAGAUUGCCCACACAGCAGAGUACUUGAAUUUCCUUAAAUGGUACUUCCGUGCAUUCUCUGUGAUUCUCUUACAAAUCACGAAACCUCAAUUUCAAGACAAUCCUGAGCACAAGCUAAGAAACAUUGUUGUGGAGAUCCUCAAUCGGCUUCCUCACAGUGAAGUUCUUCGCCCUUUUGUUCAGGAUCUCUUGAAGGUUGCAAUGCAAGUAUUAACCACUGAUAAUGAAGAAAAUGGAUUGAUCUGUAUUCGUAUUAUAUUUGAUCUGCUCCGGAAUUUUAGGCCUACAUUGGAAAAUGAAGUUCAGCCAUUCUUAGAUUUCGUAUGCAAAAUCUACCAGAACUUUAGAUUGACAGUUAGUCACUUCUUUGAGAAUGGAGCAGCUGGUGUAGAGGAUGUAAAGCCUGUGAAUACUUCUACUUCUUCUGACCAAGGGAUUACUGGUGCCGGGGGGUACACUGGGACUGUCCAACUUAAUCCAAGUAGCAGGUCGUUCAAGAUAAUAACUGAGAGUCCACUUGUGGUCAUGUUUUUAUUUCAGUUGUAUAGUCGUCUUGUUCAAACCAAUAUUCCUCACCUGUUGCCUCUAAUGGUUGCUGCUAUAUCUGUCCCGGGUCCUGAAAAGGUUCCUCCCCAUUUGAAGUCUCACUUUAUUGAGCUUAAAGGUGCACAAGUUAAGACAGUUUCUUUUUUAACUUACCUGUUGAAGAGUUUUUCUGAUUAUAUCAAGCCUCAUGAAGAAAGCAUAUGUAAAAGCAUUGUAAAUUUGCUUGUCACAUGUUCAGACUCUGUGUCUAUUAGAAAGGAAUUGUUAGUAGCUUUAAAACAUGUUCUGGGGACAGAUUAUAAGAGGGGUUUAUUUCCGUUGAUUGACACACUAUUGGAAGAGAGGGUCCUUGUUGGAACUGGGCGCGCAUGUUUUGAGACAUUAAGGCCGCUGGCUUAUAGUCUACUAGCAGAGAUUGUUCACCACGUUCGGGGAGACCUUACAUUAUCACAGCUAUCACGGAUUAUUUAUCUGUUCUCAAGCAACAUGCAUGAUGCUUCAUUGUCACUAAGUAUUCAUACUACUUGCGCUCGGCUAAUGUUGAAUCUGGUUGAGCCAAUUUUUGAGAAAGGUGUUGACCAGCAUUCCAUGGAUGAAGCACGGAUUCUAUUGGGUCGCAUUUUGGAUGCUUUUGUGGGGAAAUUUAGUACUUUCAAGCGUACCAUUCCUCAGUUGUUGGAGGAGGGUGAGGAGGGAAAGGAUCGUGCUACUUUGAGGUCAAAGCUUGAACUUCCGGUGCAGGCAGUUUUAAAUUUACAGGUUCCUGUGGAGCAUUCAAAGGAAGUUACUGACUGUAAAAAUUUGAUUAAGACCUUGGUCAUGGGAAUGAAGACUAUUAUAUGGAGCAUCACUCAUGCACAUUUGCCCCGAUCGCAGGUUUCUCCGUCCGCUCAUGGAACCCAUCAACAUGUGCUUGCUUCAUCUUCAUCUAAUGUACCAGCAUAUCAAGCGUUCAGAGGGAUGAGGGAAGAUGAGGUGUGGAAAGCCUCUGGUGUAUUAAAGAGUGGUGUGCAUUGCUUAGCUCUCUUCAAGGAGAAGGAGGAGGAGAAAGAAAUGCUUAAUCUCUUUUCCCAGAUUUUGGCUAUUAUGGAACCUCGAGAUCUAAUGGACAUGUUCUCAUUGUGUAUGCCAGAGCUUUUUGAGUGCAUGAUUUCCAACACUCAGCUUGUUCAUAUAUUUUCCUCCCUUUUGCAAGCUUCUAAAGUGUACCGGCCUUUUGCAGAUGUUUUGGUUAAUUUUUUUGUUAACAAUAAACUCGACGUUUUACAGCAUCCAGAUUCACCUCCAGGAAAAUUGGUCUUGCACCUCUUUCGGUGUAUAUUUGGUGCUGUUGUUAAAGCCCCUGCAGAUUUUGAACGUAUAUUGCAGCCUCAUGUGCCAGUUAUAAUGGAAGUUUGCAUGAAAAAUGCCACUGAAAUUGAUAAGCCUCUUGGUUAUAUGCAACUUCUUCGGACAAUGUUUAGAGCCCUUGCUGGAUGCAAAUUUGAACUCUUAUUGCGUGACUUGGUUCCUUCUUUACAACCCUGCCUAAAUAUGCUAUUAACAAUGCUUGAGGGUCCAAUGGGGAAUGAUAUGGGAGACCUCUUGUUGGAACUUUGCUUAACCUUACCUGCUCGGUUAAGUUCAUUGUUACCAUAUCUUCCACGUCUGAUGAAGCCUUUGGUUUUGUGUCUCAAUGGAGGUGAUGAACUAGUGAGCUUAGGUUUAAGAACUCUGGAGUUUUGGGUGGAUAGUUUGAAUCCUGAUUUUCUGGAGCCUAGUAUGGCUAAUGUGAUGUCAGAGGUGAUUUUAGCCUUAUGGUCUCACCUGAGGCCUGCACCCUAUCCUUGGGGUGGAAAAGCAUUGCAAUUACUUGGCAAGUUAGGUGGUCGUAACAGAAGAUUUCUCAAGGAGCCCCUUGCACUAGAAUGCAAGGAGAACCCAGAGCAUGGGCUGCGCUUGAUUCUUACAUUUGAGCCCUCAACUCCAUUCUUGGUGCCACUGGAUCGAUGUAUAAAUCUUGCUGUAGCAGCUGUUAUGCACAAAAAAAGUGGCAUGGAUGCUUUCUACCGAAAGCAGGCUUUGAAAUUUAUUUGUGUUUGCUUGGCUUCUCAGCUUAAUUUGCCAGGAAAUUUUGUUGAUGAGGGGUACACACCGAGACAAUUGUCAUCUUUGUUAGUUUCUACCCCAGAUACAUCUUCUUCCAGGCCGGAGACAUCAGAUUUGAAGACUGAUUUAGGAGUGAAGACGAAGACCCAACUUAUGGCAGAAAAGUCAGUUUUCAAGAUUUUAUUAAUGACUGUCAUUGCUGCAAGUGCAGAACCAGAUCUUAAUGACUCCAAGGACAAUUUUGUUGUUAAUAUUUGCCACCACUUUGCAAUUAUAUUUCACAUUGAUUAUACCUCAACUAAUGCUUCAGUUCCUACUGCUGGGCGUGGGGGACCAAUGCUGUCCUCAAAUGGAAACAUUAACUCCAGGUCUAAAAGUAGCACUGCUUCCAACCUAAAGGAGUUGGAUCCUUUAAUCUUCUUAGAUGCUUUGGUUGAUGUGCUAACAGAUGAAAAUAGGCUCCAUGCGAAAGCUGCUCUUGAUGCUCUAAAUGUGUUUGCUGAAACACUGUUGUUUCUUGCUCGCUCAAAGCAUGCUGACAUGCUGAUGUCAAGAGGAGGCCCGGGUACUCCUAUGAUUGUCUCCAGUCCAUCAAUGAAUCCUGUAUAUUCACCACCUGCCAGCGUGCGCAUUCCAGUUUUUGAGCAACUGCUGCCCCGUCUUUUGCAUUGUUGUUAUGGAAGUACAUGGCAAGCACAAAUGGGAGGUGUUAUGGGACUUGGUGCAUUGGUUGGAAAGGUUACUGUUGAGACUUUGUGCCUUUUCCAAGUUAGAAUUGUUCGGAGUCUGGUGUAUGUGCUUAAAAAGCUACCUAUUUAUGCCACCAAAGAGCAGGAAGAUACAAGUCAGGUUCUUACACAGGUUCUUCGAGUGGUGAAUAAUGUGGAUGAAGCAAACAGUGAGCCUCGCAGGCAAAGUUUUCAAGGAGUAGUUGAGUUUCUUGCUUCAGAGUUAUUCAAUCCUAAUGUAUCUAUUACUGUGAGAAAGAAUGUGCAAUCAUGUUUGGCCCUUUUGGCUAGUCGGACUGGUAGUGAGGUGUCUGAGCUGCUUGAGCCUUUAUAUCAACCUUUGCUCCAGCCCCUUAUAGUGCGUCCGUUGCGGUCAAAAACUGUUGAUCAACAGGUUGGAACAGUUACAGCUUUAAAUUUCAUUUUAGCAUUGAGGCCUCCUCUUCUCAAGUUGACUCAAGAAUUGGUGAACUUUCUCCAAGAAGCAUUGCAAAUAGCAGAGGCUGAUGACACAGUGUGGGUCGUGAAGUUUAUGAAUCCCAGAGUGGCCACAUCAUUAACUAAACUUAAAACAGGUUGCAUUGAGCUACUCUGUACUACAAUGGCAUGGACAGACUUUAAAACACCAAAUCAUUCUGAUCUGCGUGCUAAGAUAAUAUCCAUGUUUUUCAAGUCUUUGACCUGUCGUACAUCAGAAAUUGUUGCUGUUGCAAAAGAGGGUCUACGGCAGUUUGUUCAGGUCAUCAAUCAGCAAAGGAUGCCCAAAGAACUUCUUCAGAACAGCCUCAGACCUAUAUUAGUCAACUUGGCAAAUACCAAGAAUCUCAGUAUGUCUCUUUUGCAAGGUUUGGCCCGCCUACUUGAACUGUUGUCCAACUGGUUUAAUGUUACUUUGGGUGGAAAGUUGUUAGAGCACCUUAAGAAAUGGUUGGAGCCUGAAAAACUUGCUCAGAGUCAGAAAUCAUGGAAAGCUGGUGAAGAGCCCAAAAUUGCUGCAGCUAUCAUUGAACUUUUUCACUUGCUUCCUCAAGCGGCAUCGAAAUUUCUUGAUGAACUUGUAACAUUAACCAUUGAUUUAGAAGGGGCUCUUCCCCCAGGACAAUUCUACAGCGAGAUUAAUAGUCCAUAUCGUCUUCCACUGACAAAAUUUUUAAAUCGAUAUUCAACACUUGCUGUUGAUUAUUUUCUCGCUCGAUUAAGUGAGCCUAAAUACUUUAGACGGUUUAUGUAUGUAAUACAAUCAGAUGUUGGCCAACCAUUGAGAGAUGAACUUGCAAAGUCCCCACAAAAGAUACUUGGAAGUGCCUUUCCUGAAUUUAUGCAAAAAUCGGAUGCAACAACUACCGGAACUUCAACUCCACCUAGUACUUUAACAGGGGAUGAAGGCCUCACUUCUCUGCCACAGGAUAGUUCUAAUUUAUCAUCUACAGCCCCUGCUGCAACAUCAGAUGCUUAUUUUCAGGGUCUUGCACUUGUCAAAACAUUAGUGAAGUUAAUACCUGGCUGGUUGCAGAGUAAUCGUAUUGUGUUUGAUACUUUGGUUCUUCUCUGGAAAUCACCGGCAAGAAUAUCUCGUUUGCACAAUGAACAAGAGCUCAACUUAGUACAGGUGAAAGAAAGCAAAUGGCUUGUCAAAUGCUUCUUAAAUUACUUACGUCAUGACAGAACUGAAGUGAAUGUUCUCUUUGAUAUCCUUUCUAUCUUCUUGUUUCAUACUCGCAUUGAUUACACCUUCUUGAAAGAGUUUUAUAUAAUUAAGGUUGCAGAAGGUUAUUCCCCCAACAUGAAGAAAGCACUUCUCUUGCAUUUUUUGAACCUUUUCCAAACUAAACAACUUGCUCAUGACCAUCUGGUGAUUGUGAUGCAAAUGCUCAUUCUUCCAAUGUUAGCUCACGCAUUCCAGAAUGGCCAAAGUUGGGAGGUUGUUGACCCUAGCAUUAUAAAAACAGUUGUUGACAAACUUCUUGAUCCUCCAGAAGAGGUUUCUGCUGAAUAUGAUGAACCAUUGAGGAUAGAACUUUUGCAACUUGCUACGUUACUUCUUAAGUAUCUCCAGAAUGAUCUUGUUCAGCACAGGAAAGAACUUAUCAAAUUCGGUUGGAAUCAUCUCAAACGGGAAGAUAGUGCUAGUAAGCAGUGGGCAUUUGUCAAUGUGUGUCACUUCUUGGAGGCCUAUCAAGCCCCAGAAAAAAUUAUUCUUCAGGUUUUUGUUGCACUUCUUAGAACUUGCCAGCCAGAGAAUAAAUUGUUGGUUAAGCAGGCCCUUGAUAUACUAAUGCCAGCAUUACCAAAAAGGUUGCCUCUUGGGGAUUCUCGAAUGCCAAUUUGGAUACGGUACACCAAAAAGAUUUUGGUUGAGGAGGGUCACUCAAUCCCUAAUUUGAUUCACAUUUUCCAGCUCAUUGUACGUCAUUCAGAUCUCUUCUACAGCUGCAGAGCACAAUUUGUCCCACAGAUGGUGAAUUCUCUUAGUCGACUUGGAUUGCCAUAUAAUACUGCAGCAGAAAACAGGCGCCUUGCCAUUGAACUUGCUGGAUUGGUUGUCAGUUGGGAAAAACAAAGGCAAAAUGAAAUGAAAGUGGUAACUGAUAGUGAUGUGUCCAACCAGAUGACUGAUGGAUUCAAUCCUAGCUCUUCUAGUACUGACCUUAAACGUCCAGUUGAUGGUUCCACAUCUUCUGUUAAAGUAGAACCUGGUCUUCAAUCCCUAUGUGUCAUGUCACCUGGAGGUGCCUCAUCAAUCCCUAACGUUGAAACACCAGGUUCUGCUGGCCAACCUGAUGAAGAAUUCAAGCCAAAUGCUGCUAUGGAAGAAAUGAUUAUCAAUUUUCUAAUCAGAGUGGCAUUGGUCAUAGAGCCUAAGGACAAGGAAGCGAGUAUCAUGUACAAGCAGGCUUUAGAGCUACUUUCACAAGCUCUGAAGGUGUGGCCAAAUGCCAAUGUUAAGUUUAAUUACUUGGAAAGGUUACUGGGCAGCAUUCAACCAACUCAAUCAAAGGACCCUUCCACAGCUCUUGCACAGGGAUUGGAUGUCAUGAACAAGAUCCUGGAGGAGCAGCCACGAUUAUUCAUUAAAAAUAACAUCAAUCAGAUAUCUCAGAUUCUUGAACCUUGUUUCAAGUAUAAAAUGUUAGAUGCUGGAAAGUCGUUGUGUGCAUUGUUGAAGAUGGUCUUUAGUGCUUUCCCUCUAGAUGCAGCAAGCACACCAAAUGAUGUAAAGCUUUUGUAUCAGAAGGUCGAUGAGCUCAUACAAAAGCAUAUAAAUAUGAUUACAGCUCCUCAGACGUCAGGUGAAGAUAAUUCUGCUAACUCGAUUAGCUUUGUGCUGCUUGUCAUCAAAACCUUGGCAGAGGUGCAGAAGAACUUCCUUGACCCUACACUUUUUGUUCGUAUUUUCCAACGUCUGGCACGAGAUAUGGGAUCUUCAGUGGGAUCUCAUCUGAAACAAGGUCAGCGAGCUGAUCCAGAUUCUGCCGUCUCUUCGUCACGUCAAGUGGCUGAUGUUGGAGCAGUCAUCUCAAAUCUAAAAUCUGUCUUGAAGCUUAUAAGUGAGAGAGUCAUGCUUGUUCCAGACUGCAAACGAACUGUGACUCAACUAUUGAAUGCAUUGCUUUCAGAUAAGGGUACUGAUCCUAGUGUGCUGCUUUGCAUACUUGAUGUGUUGAAAGGGUGGAUUGAAGAUGACUUAAGCAAACCAGGCAUGUCUGGCUCAUCUAGUGCUUUCCUGACUCACAAGGAAAUAUUGUCUCUUCUUCAGAAGCUUUCUCAAGUUGAUAAACAGAACUUUCAGCCCUCUGCCAUGGAAGAGUUGGACAGGAAAUAUCUUCAACUUCUUUAUGGAAUCUGUGCUGAUUCAGAUAAAUAUCCCUUGGCUCUGCGUCAAGAGGUGUUCCAAAAGGUUGAAAGGCAAUACAUGCUUGGUUUACGGGCAAAGGAUCCUGAAAUGAGGAUGAAAUUCUUCUCACUGUAUGAUGAAUCUCUGGGGAAGACCUUGUUCACAAGGCUGCAGUACAUUAUCCAAAUUCAGGACUGGGAAGCAUUGAGUGAUGUCUUCUGGCUUAAACAGGGACUUGAUCUCAUUCUAGCAAUCUUGGUUGAGAAUAAGCCUAUUACACUUGCUCCGAACUCUGCAAGGGUUUUCCCACUUUUGGUUUCAGGUUCUCUUUCUGAUAGUUCGGCAAUGCAGCAUCAGAGUAUAGAUGCUCCAGAGGCUCUUGAUGAUGCUCCUCUUACAUUAGAGAGCCUUCUUCUGAAGCACACACAGUUUUUGAGUGAAAUGAGCAAACUUCAGGUGGCUGAUCUUAUUAUCCCUUUGAGAGAGCUAGCUCACAUUGAUGCGAAUGUUGCAUACCAUCUGUGGGUGUUGGUAUUUCCCAUUGUCUGGGUUACCUUACACAAAGAAGAACAGGUCGCUCUAGCUAAACCAAUGAUUACUCUCCUGUCAAAGGAUUAUCAUAAGAAGCAGCAAACGAGCAGACCAAAUGUUGUGCAAGCACUUCUUGAAGGACUCCAAUUGAGCCAUCCUCAACCUCGAAUGCCAAGUGAACUCAUUAAAUACAUAGGAAAAACUUACAACGCUUGGCACAUAGCAUUGGCUCUGCUUGAAAGUCAUGUAAUGUUGUUUAUGAAUGACGCAAAGUGCUCUGAGUCUCUAGCGGAGCUGUACCGUUUGCUCAAUGAAGAAGAUAUGAGGUGUGGGUUAUGGAAGAGAAGACCAAUCACUGCAGAAACUAGGGCAGGACUUUCACUUGUUCAGCAUGGUUACUGGCAGCAGGCCCAAAAUCUUUUUUACCAAGCGAUGGUUAAGGCUACUCAAGGAACAUAUAACAAUACGGUGCCAAAAGCUGAAAUGUGUCUUUGGGAAGAGCAAUGGCUUUACUGUGCUUGCCAACUUAGUCAGUGGGAUGCAUUGGUGGACUUUGGAAAGAGUAUUGAGAAUUAUGAAAUACUACUUGACAGCCUGUGGAAAUUGCCUGAUUGGGCAUAUAUGAAGGAUCAUGUAAUCCCAAAGGCACAAGUAGAGGAAACUCCAAAACUUAGUUUGAUUCAAGCCUUUUUUACCCUACAUGACAGAAAUAUCAACGGUGUAGCGGAUGCCGAAAGCAUUGUGGGGAAAGGUGUUGAUAUUGCUUUAGAACAGUGGUGGCAGUUGCCUGAAAUGUCAGUUCAUGCAAGGAUUCCUCUUUUGCAGCAAUUCCAGCAGCUAGUUGAGGUUCAAGAAUCUGCUAGAAUUCUUACAGAUAUUUCCAAUGGGAACAAGGUUUCCAGUGGUUCUGUUGUUUCGGUACAUGGAAAUCUUUAUGCUGAUCUCAAGGACAUUCUAGAGACUUGGAGGCUUAGAACUCCAAAUGAGUGGGAUAAUAUAUCUGUUUGGUAUGAUUUGCUUCAGUGGAGGAAUGAAAUGUAUAAUUGUGUCAUAGAUGCGUUCAAAGAUUUUGGAAACUCAAAUCCACAACUUCAUCAUCUUGGUUAUCGUGACAAAGCUUGGAAUGUGAAUAAGCUUGCUCGCAUUGCUCGUAAACAAGGCCUUUAUGAUGUUUGUGUGACUAUACUAGAAAAGAUGUAUGGCCAUGCCACCAUGGAAGUACAGGAAGCCUUUGUUAAGAUAAGAGAACAGGCAAAAGCUUACCUGGAGAUGAAGGGGGAACUUAGCAGUGGUCUGAAUUUGAUCAAUAGCACUAAUUUAGAAUAUUUUCCUGUGAAACACAAAGCAGAGAUUUUCCGUCUCAAGGGGGAUUUCUUGUUAAAGCUAAAUGACACUGAAGAAGCUAAUGUUGCUUAUUCCAAUGCUAUCACUCUUUUUAAAAAUUUGCCGAAAGGGUGGAUAAGUUGGGGAAAUUAUUGUGACAUGGUGUAUAAAGAGAGCAAUGAUGAGGGUUGGUUAGAAUAUGCUGUUAGCUGCUUUCUUCAAGGUAUUAAAUUUGGCGUUUCUAAUUCCAGAAGCCAUCUAGCUCGUGUCCUAUAUCUUCUGAGCUUUGAUACUCCCAAUGAGCCUGUGGGUAGGGCAUUUGAUAAGUAUUUGGAACAAAUACCCCAUUGGGUUUGGCUUUCUUGGAUUCCACAGCUACUACUUUCACUGCAGAGAACAGAAGCACCUCAUUGCAAACUGGUCCUACUAAAAAUUGCCUCUGUGUACCCACAGGCUCUGUAUUACUGGCUCCGCACAUAUUUGCUUGAACGCCGUGAUGUAGCAAAUAAAUCUGAACUAGGUAGAAUUCAAAUGGCACAGCAAAGAAUUCAGCAAAACACCUCUGCUGCCAGUGCUGGUUCUCUUGUAUUGGCUGAUGGAAUUGCAAGAGCACAGAAUCAGGGUGGGGGUAUUUUACCUCCAGACAACAUGAUUAAUCAAGCCACUCAAUCUGGUGGGAUUGUAUCUAAUGAUAGUGGUAAUUCUCAUGGGCUUGAACCCGAGCGGCUAACAACUGCAGAAAGUAGUGUGAACACAUCCAACGAUCAACCUGUGCAGCAAAGUUCUUCUGCCACCAAUGAAGGUGGUCAAAAUGCAAUGAGGCGUAAUGGCGCUUUAAGUGUGGUAGCUUCUGCUGCCAGUGCUUUUGAUGCUGCAAAGGAUAUAAUGGAGACCCUUAGAAGCAAGCACACAAACCUGGCUAGUGAACUCGAGAGUUUACUUACCGAGAUUGGUUCAAGAUUUGUUACUCUGCCAGAGGAGAGGCUCCUGGCAGUUGUAAAUGCUCUGCUGCAUCGUUGUUACAAGUACCCUACAGCUACAACAGCAGAGGUUCCACAGUCCCUAAAGAAGGAGCUUUCUGGUGUUUGCAGGGCAUGCUUCUCUGCAGAUGCUGUGAACAAGCAUGUUGACUUUGUUAGAGAGUACAAGCAGGAUUUUGAACGUGAUCUUGAUCCAGAAAGUACAGCUACUUUUCCUGUCACCCUCUCUGAGCUCACUGAAAGAUUGAAACACUGGAAGAAUGUUCUCCAGAGCAAUGUUGAGGACAGGUUUCCAGCUGUAUUAAAACUGGAAGAGGAAAGCAGGGUUUUGCGUGAUUUCCAUGUGGUUGAUGUAGAGAUUCCUGGACAGUAUUUUGGUGAUCAGGAAAUUGCACCUGAUCAUACUGUUAAGCUCGAUAGGGUUGGAUCUGAUAUACCAAUAGUGCGAAGGCAUGGAAGCAGUUUUCGACGGUUGACUUUGAUAGGCUCUGAUGGCUCUCAACGACAUUUCAUUGUUCAGACUUCUUUGACCCCUAAUGCUAGAAGUGAUGAACGCAUAUUACAGCUUUUCAGGGUGAUGAACCAAAUGUUUGAUAAGCACAAGGAAUCAAGACGCCGCCACAUAUGCAUUCACACACCAAUUAUUAUACCUGUUUGGUCACAGGUUCGCAUGGUUGAAGAUGAUCUGAUGUACAGCACCUUUCUUGAGGUUUAUGAGAACCAUUGUUCUAGGAAUGACCGAGAGGCUGAUCUACCUAUUACUUUUUUCAAGGAACAGUUAAACCAAGCUAUAUCUGGCCAAAUCACACCUGAAGCUGUUUUAGAUCUCCGUCUCCAAGCUUAUAAUGAUAUAACGAAGAAUUUUGUGAAUGAGAGCAUUUUUUCUCAGUACAUGUACAAGACACUGCUGAGUGGCAAUCAUAUGUGGGCUUUCAAGAAGCAAUUUGCCAUCCAGUUAGCCCUGUCAAGCUUCAUGUCCUAUAUGCUACAAAUCGGGGGAAGGUCCCCAAAUAAGAUUUUGUUUGCUAAGAACACUGGGAAGAUAUUCCAGACAGAUUUUCACCCAGCUUAUGAUGCAAAUGGAAUGAUUGAGUUUAAUGAGCCUGUGCCUUUCCGUCUGACAAGGAACAUGCAAUCAUUCUUCUCUCAUUUUGGUGUGGAAGGCCUCAUCGUGUCUGCAAUGUGUGCUGCAGCGCAGGCUGUGGUUUCAUCUAAACAAAGCCAACAUUUAUGGUAUCAGUUAGCCAUGUUCUUCCGUGAUGAGUUGCUGUCAUGGUCUUGGAGAAGACCACUUGGGAUGCCUCUCCCCUCUGUUGUUGGAGGGAGUUUGAACUCAGUCGAUUUCAAACACAAGGUUAGCACCAAUGUGGAGAAUGUUAUUGGCCGGAUCAAUGGAAUAGCACCUCAUUAUUCUGAAGAGGAAGAGGAUGCCAUGGAGCCACCACAAUCAGUACAGAGGGGUGUGACCGAGUUGGUUGAGGCCGCUUUGAACCCCAGGAACUUGUGUAUGAUGGAUCCAACAUGGCAUCCAUGGUUUUGAUUGUAAGUUAUCAAUUACUUUUGCAAUCAAUGUUGGAUAUGAUGUGAUAAUAAAAUUUUGUAUAUAAGAAUCUGAGUCCACAAGUUUAGUGUAAAGUCUCUUUCCGCAAAUCACUGGAGAUGAUUGGGUUUGCUAUGUAUAAAACUGCCCUGCAUAGAUGAAACCACUUGGGACUUUGCUUUGUUAUUA